AUGUCCACCUCUCGUGCAGAAUCACAGGCCCCGUCAUUUGGACGGCGGCGAUCGAACACUGCGCAAUCCAUUUUCAAAAGCGCGUCGCUGCCAACAACCCCUCUAAAGGUGGGGGAUUCAAAGACGCUCACUACUUGGGUACACGAUAUCAAAGAAUCGCCACAUGUUAUUAUAAACCAUUCCUGGUGGCCUGGUGUAGCCGAGGGCGACAUUAUCCGCAUUGGUAAUUCCAGUGUCGAAAGCUCGUCCGGGUUCUUGUUCAGCGUGCAGAAGGAUGACGGGUUUGUCAAACAUCAGCUUCAGGUAUCUGUACCCAGACCUCUGGCGGAUCAGUUUGGUCUGCGAAAUAACGGCGAAGUUGUGCUCACGAAAAUUGAAGCUAGUAAAUAUUCUGCUGACUAUGUGGAAUUGACAUUUGUAGACCAGUACCUAGGGCGGAAUGAGAUGUGGAGACUAUCAUCGCAUCUUGUCGGCCAGUGCAUUCACGUGGAACAGGAUAUCUCUUUCAUUGGGGUCAUUGCCGCGAAAGUGCAAGGAAUUGUUAUUGGCGGCAGAAAGGUCCCCGCAGCAUAUGUCACAUCCACUACCAGAACGGUUUACCGCUCGCUAUCCGCUAAGGUCACCAUAUUUAUCCAAGUCUGCCGUGAACUUUGGGAGUUUGCAGGCGAUGGUGAGCGCUACAAUGAAAAGAUCGUGCACUCUUUCCUGCCUGCACUGUUUUCGAAGUGGCGUGAGGCUGGUACCAAUCAUAUUGUCACCAUCGUACUGAUUUCCCGAGUUUACUACGAUGAAUCUGAAAUCGCGGCCGCCGCCGGGCCUCUCAGGAAAGACAUUGAUGGCCACUGGUACAAGGACUUCUUCAAGGUUAUCACGGAUAUAGAGGUUCUCUACGACUGGAAACCCACUUUGGUAGAUUUGAAGAAUUCUUUUUGGGCGUUCCAACGUGAUAUCUUGCUUGCGCACCAUUUCCACCGAGCCACUCUCAUCUCGUCGUCACAGCCUGGGCCGGAUCACGUCCGUCUGAUUGGGCAGCUUUCGUAUGCGCAUGAUGGUCCUUUGCUCGAAGCGCUCAACCUCGGUCUCAAUCCCACAGAGACGCACUAUAUCGACCGUUCUUUGUCUCUCACCGGCUCCUCGACAAUCAUCAUCACCCCAGGCACAGGGUUUUAUCGCGUUUCCAAGCAGCUUUUGCGUCUUACAACCACUCGUCUAUUAGACCAAGGGUUCGGACUUGAGCUUGUUUCAUUAGCUAAACCCCCAUUGCACCAGAGUCCUAUCUUCUCAUUCCAGAGCGUCUCUCCAGAGAACGCAGGUGACUUCGGAGGAAAGAUAGGCGCCAGAGCCUUAGACCCUCUAUGGGGUGGAGACGACGGCUUGACUGGUAAUCGCGAACAACUGGAGACAUUCUGGUGGGAACCGUUCUGGCUAGCUGUAACAUUUUGGGAUAAACAGGUGGACUUGCCAUUUAGAAAGGACAGAUUUGUGGCACGUGCGAGGAUUCCCGAGAUUGAGAUGCUCGGCCUAUUGGACCAUGAUGUUCUCUCUAAUAUCGAAAUUCCUUUCCUUUCCUCAGACCAUGAGAAGGGUUCUGCACAUGGAAUUACCUCUGCGAAGGAAGCUGACGAUUUCGAUAUGGAGAUCUUUACUGUACGGUCAGAAGGUUAUACCGACUUGACGCAGCGAAUGUCAACGUUGUCGUCUGCAAGCACGGUAACAUCAAGUCUGUCCUCAAGACUCAAUGACGACCUACGGCGCUCAUCGUCUGGAAGGAUUUCUGCUAUAUCAACUACUACCUCUAUCAUCGAGGAAAAUUUGCCGAACGUCAGCUCGGAGUUAAAUCAGGGCGAUUUAUCGUUUGAUACCGAAAGGAGGUUACUUUCUGCAGCGUUCAACACGUUGAGCACUUCGCCGUCUCAGCUCUCAAUUCGGUCGAACAAGUCCGCGCGCUCCCAAACGAGUACUGCUUCCGCAGUCUCAUCAGCCAGUACUCGAUCUCAUACCGAGAGACAAGCUGCCCGUGACAUCCCACCGAAGAAAUCACGAUUCAAUCCGUCAUGGUUAUUUGGGUCCUUCAGAAGCAGUCUCAGCCAACCUCAGACGUCUCCGAUUUCUGUGUCAACGCUCAGCACAGCUCGUCAAGCGGAGAAAGAAAGGGGCGAUAGAGAGACGUCGUUGCUCCCCAUGUCCCACACAAGUUCUCAUGUGUCAACAGCUGUUUCGACUCCCCGUCCACGCUCUCCUCUUAUAGAAGUGGCGCGAACUUUGACAACCUCGCGCCCUUCGCGCCCUCGUCUCGGGGAGGAGGAAUUAUUGCCGCCAUCACAUAGUUCACUUCCUCGACAGUCUCCUAUUGGCACACUUAGACUUGAAGACCCUUUAGCAGGGAUGCGGAGGACAAUGAACAAGUCAGGUUCCUUGCUUGCUCCCGUCGCUCCGUAUGCGUUUACUACCCGGACAAAUCCGAGCAAGCCUCUCCCGCAUGUCUCCUACACCCAGUCAUCACUGGCUUCGAGGUGGCAACAUAUGUUCCCUCGUCCCCUAUCGAAGCAUGACACAAACUGGAAAGCCAUGAUCACCCCGGGUUGUCUUCCCCUCACAGUGGAGUACAUUCCAUCGGCGUCAGAGCUGGGAACGGAAUAUUCCAUUUAUCCGUACGAGUUUGCUGUUGAUCCACAGGAGAUGCGGUCCUUUUUCUUGAAACCCCCCGCAGUAAGCGGUUCCGCCGAGGAUGUACGACGUGCGUGGGCGAGAGUUCUCAUACGAGGAAUGGUUGCUUUGCGGAUUGCACAGGGCUUCCAACUCGUACUACGGUCAUCGAAGGCAGGCCCAGGUGAAGAGGGCCCUAGUGCACUCAGACGCAGUAGGUCAUAUGUGUUGGAAGAUGAUAUCACUACUCCCAGACCUAUUAGUGCAAAUUUAAACGAGAUUUUGAGAAACCCUGAAGAACCCAUAUUCCUCAGUAUGAGCAACGAGAUUCAUCGCAUUGCAUACAGCGGUGAUGCUGUGCAAGUCCGUCGUUACGUUCGCAAGAUGCCACAAGCAAAGGCCUUUGAAUACCAGUGCCUCAUCUGGCCGAAACUUGGAGUGGGUUAUACUGAGCUAUCGACAUCGUUCAUCUCGCCCGGUAUCGAAAAUUAUCACUGGAACAGGCUGGAUAUGCUGAUUGCAGGUUUCGAAAACCAGUGGAAUGAGUCCAUUCGCUAUUGGCGAACUCGCUUCGUUGUGAUACCAACGGAUGACCACCCACUCACAAACGUUGGUCCUAAAGGUGAGAAGCUAAGUGAUGAAGAGGUGCGCUUGAUGGGCAUCGACAAACUGGCAGAGCUAUUCACGAAGGCACGAUGGUGCCCACCCGAGGAUCGAGGAAAGCCUAUAGCUCCUGUGAGAUUCUUGACCACGGACUUGGGCCCAGCGGCAUGUAUUUUCGACGAAUCACUAACAGCACAGCUUGACGAAAUACACGCCACCGGUCCUCUGCGAAAGAAAGUCAAGAGUGACCGAGACAUUGUCGACCUGUCGCUGAGUGCUAUUGCUAAGGCUAUGAGGGAAGAAGACGGCUUACCUAUCAAAGACCACAAGUGGCACGGGAUCAAAUACGCGAACUCCUUCACUGGUGCUGAUUUCGUUUCCUGGGUUGUACGCGAAUUCCGAGACGUGUCAUCAAGAGAACAGGGGAUUGAAUGGGGCGUCCGGCUUCAGGAGCAAGGGCUAUUUGACCACUGUCGAGGGACUCACAGCUUUUUGGACGGGCAUUAUUUCUAUGCACUCAGAGGGGAAUACGUUGUGGCUGCGACCCCGCGGGUGAAUUGGUUCCGUUCCGCCCGCCAUGUAUCAGGCGAAGAAGCUAGCACAAGGUCGGGCUUCUAUCCUUCAUCUAGCGCUGAGAAGUCAGCGCUCUCUGCAAAAAAGCCUAUUCGACGACUCAUCUUAAGUCAAAGCAUGAUUCUGGAUAUCGACCCUCAGAAGCGGAGCGACCAAGCCGAAUCGAUCAUUCUUCACUAUGAUAUCAUACACAACCCUGCGACAUGUUUCCACUUUGAGCUACAGUGGCUCGGUACCACAGCCCGAUGCAUCGAUGAUUUACUCCGUCAAUGGAGCCGCACCAUCGAACGCUACGGCCUCAAACUAGUCGAGGCGUACGUUACUCAGAUCUGCGAUAUCCGGGACCGCAACCCAUUUCAGUCCUGCUUCCCUCUCCCCCUGGCUGUACCACCUCCAAUUGUCCCCGACUUAAACAAGCGAGUGCCAGAGGGUAUGCAGACGCGACAUUAUUUUGAGUAUGCGAUAUUGCGGAAAUUCGGCUUUGUCUUGGAUAUCGAAGCUGCAUCGUUCUAUCCCGAUCAGACAGACGUUGUAUAUUCCUAUCGUCGUUCGUCUUACAAGUAUUCACAAUGGGUUCACCGAUCAGGCGUAGCGUUCGUCCAGGUCCUAGGAGGCUCACAAGGAUUCUUGUUCUUGACAAAUCGCCUUAUGGCACCCGGCAGAAUUGGCACAGCCUUAAAGUAUCAAAGACCAGCAGCGGCAGCGGAUGAAAUUCGCAGCAAACUACAGUCGCUCUGCUCUGAUCCAGUUGCGCUGACCCACCUUUACGAUGAGGAGUUGGGGCAAUUGGACCACGAUCUCGAAGAGCCUCCUCCGCUGCGUAUCUGA